CCAGGAACCUCAAUUCUUGGCUCUUGGGGACGGAGCCAGGAACUCAGUGAAAAAAAGCCUUAAUGUAUAGCUUUUCUGAUUUUUCCCCACACUCAGUUCUGAUAGGGGAGCACGCCGGGAUUAUCGUCAAUAGCACCGGUCACUCACCAGGUCACUUUUGCAGGCCGGUGUAAAAAGAUCUGGACACCCUGGCUUUUCCGGCACCCGCUUCUCUGCAGUGUCUGCCUGGCCUGGUCGGAAUCAGGAGCACGGGUGGGGGGCAUGCCCCGUUCUCCCGAGUCCCUGCGCACUCCCACAGAGGCAGGCGCUCUCCAGAAUCCCGCGGCCGGACUUGAGUGCUGGGCUUUCCUUGGAGCCAGGUGUGGCCUGAGUUCGUUCUAGCUUCAAAUGGCUUCUGCUUCUCCAUUGAAUGACCCAUAAGGAAAACUGACCAGUUCUUGCAACUCUGAAAUCAUGGCUCAUGAUUUGGUGAUAUUCAGAGAUGUGACUGUAGACUUUUCUCAGGAAGAGUGGGAAUGCCUGAACUCAUACCAGAGAAAUUUGUACAGAGAUGUGAUCCUAGAGAACUAUAGCAACUUGGUGUCAGUGGGAUGUUCCAUUUCUAAGCCAGAUGUGAUUACCCUAUUAGAGCAAGGGAAGGAACCUUGGAUGGUUAUGAGGGAUGAAAAAAAGAAAUGGAGGCCAGAUUUGGAAUCCAAAAUAUUUCAAAAGGAUAUUUAUGAAAUGAAUUUGUCACAGUGGGAUAUAAUGGAAAAUAUUAGAAGUUAUAGCCUGGAAGCCUUCUUUUUCAGAAAAAAAUGUGAAUAUAAAAUGUUUGAGGGCCAAAAAGGUCUUCAGAAGGGAUAUUUCAGGCAAGUGAAAAAAAACACUUCUGAAAAAAGGCCCACUUGCAGAAAACUUAAAUCUCUGACUUUAUAUGAGAGAAUUCAUAAUAGAGAGAAACCUUAUGAAUGUGGGGAAUGUGGAAAGGCUUUUAGAGUACGCCAACAACUUACUUUCCAUCAGAGGAUUCAUACUGGUGAGAAACCCUAUGAGUGUAAAGAAUGUGGUAAAGCCUUUAGACAGUGUGCCCACCUUAGUCGACAUCAGAGAAUUCAUACUUCUGACAAACUCCUUGAAUGUAAAAAAUGUGGAAAGAUCUUUACAUGUAGUGCAGAUCUUCGAGUACAUCAGAGAAUUCAUAUUGGUGAGAAGCCCUAUGAAUGUAAAGAAUGUGGGAAGUCCUUUAGAGUACGUGGACAACUUAAUCUCCAUCAGAGGAUUCAUACUGGUGAGAAACCCUAUGAAUGUAAGGAAUGUGGAAAGACCUUUAGACAGUAUGCACACCUUACUCGACAUCAAAGACUUAAUGUUGCUGAGAAGUGCUAUGAAUGUAAGGAAUGUGGGCAGGCUUUUCUGUGUAGUACAGGCCUUAGAAUACAUCACAAACUUCAUACUGGUGAAAAACCUUAUGAAUGUAAGGAUUGUGGGAAGGCAUUUAGAGUAAGGCAACAGCUUACUCUCCAUCAGAGAAUUCAUACUGGUGAGAAACCCUAUGAUUGUAAAGACUGUGGGAAGACUUUUAGCCGUGGCUAUCAUCUAACUCUCCAUCAGAGAAUUCAUACUGGAGAGAAACCUUAUGAAUGUAAAGAAUGUCAGAAGUUUUUUCGUCGUUACUCAGAACUUAUUUCACAUCAGGGUAUUCAUAUUGGAGAGAAACCCUAUGAUUGUAAGGAAUGUGGGAAAGCAUUUAGACUAUUCUCACAACUUACUCAACAUCAGAGUAUUCAUUUUGGUGAGAAACCUUAUAAGUGUAAGGAAUGUGAGAAGACUUUUAGACUGUUCUCACAACUUACUCAACAUCAGAGUAUUCAUACUGGUGAGAAACCCUAUGACUGUAAGGAAUGUGGAAAGGCCUUUAGACUUCAUUCAUCACUUAUUCAACAUCAGAGGAUUCAUUCUGGUGAGAAACCAUACAAUUGUAAAGAAUGUAUGAAGGCGUUCAGACAACACUCACACCUUACUUACCAUCAGCGAAUUCAUAAUGUCACUAAAUAAUUAUAAGAAAGUCUUCCAUUGUUAAUAUUACGUUAGGGAACUUUGGUAAAAAAAUUCUAAAGGAAAGUUUUUGAAUGUAAGAAUUCCUUUUACUUCAUGCUCACAGCUAACUUAAGAGGUUUUAUUUUAAAGGAAGGAUAUGUCCAUGAAUAUGAAGAAGCUUUUCAUCACCAUUUAAAUGAUGUUAAAUUUUAGGAAACUUAUUCUAGAAAGAAAAUCUCUUAAAGGAGUGAAUGUGGGAAAGAAGUUGAUGUGGUAAUGUUCUCUAGUAGAGAAUUUUGCAACACAUGAAAUUAAUGGAACUAGUCAGGAUUCUCAGUAGAGGUUAAGAACACUAGGUGAAAUGUUGAUAGGAACUUCAUUGUGAGUAGGUAGGUCAGGCUGACAUCUGAACCCACUGACUAAUUUAACCUCAUCAAAAAUAUGACAAAAUAUCUUAAUGAGGUAAAAUAAGACAUCUUGUCAAAAAAUAUUGAAACAAUCUAAGUAAGCAUCAAGAUCUAACUCCCAGUUUACAGGAAAUUCAGGGAGUGGAAGAACAAAUUACAUGAUGCAAAAAGAAGCAUUUAGAUCUAAAAUAUGGGUAAUUCUAUAAGGGGGAUUACCUGGCUUCUCAACCAAUAAAUUGGCACUGAAAAAAAAUGAAAGUGGAAUUGCUUAGAUAUUAAGAGCCUUAAGAGGUGUAUGAACCAAAUGUAGUUAACAUUAAGAAAUUACGUUUUUGUUGAAUGAUUAAUAGCACUGUGUUUAUGUAAAAAUGGCUGAAGUUUAUAUAAACAAGGUGAUACAGUGUCUGGAAUUUUCUUUAAAAUGUUCACGGAAAAGAGGGUGAAUAACAAGUUUGUCAAAAUGGUGGUAAGAUGAGUGUCUUGGGUACACAGUUAUUGUAUAUUUGGUUUUUGCUAUUUUCUCUAUUUUUAUGUAUUUAAAGUGUUCUAUAAUGUUUUUAAAAGGUAAAAUUAUGCAGUGUUAUUACCAGUUUGAAGUGAAUUUUUUUAGUGAAUGAAUUUUUAAAAUGCCUAUAUAUUAGAACUUGUGGAUAUUGCCAAAGCUCUAAGCAGUGGGAUAUUAAAUAUGCUAUAAUGUAUUUAGGAAAUUAAAGAAUGAGGGUCCAGAUUUUACUAAUUAACUUAUUACUCUAUCUGUUACAGUUCCUGUCCCAUCAUACUUCAUACAUAUCAUAUUUUUAAAGAAUGAGUAAAAGCAAUUAAAUGUGGAGAUUGAUGGAAUAGACAUUGCUAGCAAUGUGUAGACCACUCAAAAUUGAGCUACUAAAAACUUGAAGUGUAACUAGUUCAAAUUAAAAUGUUAAGUGUAAAGUACACAUGGGGUCUUGAAAAUUUACUUAAAAAAGAAUGUAAUAUAUCAAUUUCUCACAGCAUUUAUCUGCUGUGAUGUGGAAGCAGUGAUACAUUCAGUGGAUAACAUUGUUAUAUAAUACAGAAUCCAAUUUAAGUGUGUUUCUACUUCCAAGUAGCACAUUUUUAUACUGAGGUCUUCUUGGUUCUACCCUGAGUCAUGCUGGGAUUUUUUUUAUUCCUUCAUAAACGGUGGCUUGUGUGUACAGCUGAAUAGUUUGCUUAGAUUAUUUUUAGCCUGUAGACAUUUUGGGAUCCAAAGACCCUCUCUCACUUUGUACUCUUUCUGUCUUGUUCAACUUUGUAUUGCUUCAAGUAGUACAGUUCUCUUAAAAACUAUUUUAUGUGUGUUAUUAGGGUUCAUUCAAUUAGACAAAGGAUCAAUAGGAUCUUCUCUGUAUGGGGUUCACUGUGAGGCUGCUGUGAAAAAAUAACUUUAAAAUUAUUAGAAGGCCUGCUAUCUCACAGAAAGGGUAAAAGUUGGCUUCAUGUUUACCCUAAGGCUGCAUUUUCAUGCAGAACCAUAUAGUUGAUUGUUUUUCCUCUCUCAGGGUUUUUAUACCUCUGAGGACAUUUUGUUACCUGGAAACAGUCAUAGAACCUGCUAUAUUUCCCUGAAAUUGUAUUUAAAAUAUGUACAAAUUUCUAUAACAAAUAUAAUGUGUGUGGGGUUUUUUACUCUCUUAUUAUGAUGGAUUACCUUCAUAGAUUUUCAAAUAUUUAUCAAGUCUGGAAUAAAGUCCAUGUGUUUAUAAUUUAUACCAUUGACCCUUGAAUGCAGGUGCAGGAAGCUGAUCUAUUAGCUGAAAAUUUGUGUAUAACUUUUGACUCCAUCAAAACUUAACUAUUAUUAGCCUACUACUAAUAGUCAGUCAUACUGAAAGUAUAAACAGUUGAUUAAUGUAUAUUAUGGAUUUUACAUGUGUUAUAUACUAUAUUCAAUGGAUCUCAGCUAGAGGAAAAAUGUUAAUACCAUAAGGAAAAUACAUUUACAGUACUAUGCUGUAUUUAGUGAUACCAUAAAUAUACAUCAUCUGCAAGAUGAAUUAUCAGUACAUACCUAAGUACUGUCUUGUAUGAUACAAAACAAUGUAGAUGUUACACAUAUCACUACAUAUUAAAAAUAAAAAGAUGUGAAAAAUCCAUUUAUUUAUAGGUAUAACUGUGAUAACAAAGAAGCAGCAAUAUGAUUCUUUCAUGGCAGCCUAGCCUAUACAUUAAUGAGUCAUAAAAUUUUUAUGGCAUACAACAUUAGCCAUAUUUAUAAUACAUUAUUGGAAAUAUUACAUUAUUUAAAGGCCACUUAUCUGU